UACGGCAUUCAAUAAUUAGAACCAGAAUGAAAGCUUUAUCCAUGUUGGAGCAUUUGGUUGAGCCUGACCAUCGUCGAGUUGUGGAAUUAAACUUCCGCAUUUGUUUGGUUUGUGAACUAGUUUCCAAGAUCGGAGAUGCAAUUUCAUACUGUGCAAAAGCAAUUUCGCUAUGCAAGUCACGCAUACAGAACCUGAAAAGUUCCAAGGAUGCUUUGUUGUCUGGUAUAGAUGGUGGUGAUGCAUCUGCUGCUGAAGCUGAAGGAGGCUCAGAAAAAUCUACCGUUGAAAAAGAGCUAGAGCAGCUUACUAGCAUAUUGCCUGAUCUUGAGAAGAAGCUUGAGGACCUGUCUGAAGCAAACCCAAGCGCUGACAUGGAUGAGAUGGUGAAGGCAAUUGUGUCCAGGGUAACUGAAGUGAUGCCAAAAGCUGCAUCUUUUACUUCUUCCCAAAUAGCAACAUCAAGCAAUGGAUUCGACUCCUCGGUUAUGUCUACGACAGCGACAACUGGAAGCUCUGGAAGCACUGUGACUGACCUUGGGGUUGUAGGCAGAGGUGUCAAACGAGCUAGCAUCAAGCCGAUCUCUGCCGAACCUGCUGCUAAGAAACCUGCACUUGAUUCACCAUCUCUCCAAGGUGACAGCAGCAUCAACUCUGAGGUUGUCCCUGCGACGCAGACUGAUGAAUCCAGCUAAAGCUCUACAUUUGAAACGAACGCUUUCUGACGGGGGCACGGCGAUAACACGCCUUCUAUUCUAGUAUGCUUAGAUAGAUUCAAUGUUAGCGUAAACGACUGAUGAUAAGUUUUUCAGUUAGUAUUUUAAUUUGGAUUUAGAGUACACUUAUGUAUGAUUUAUUUGACAAUGCUUAUUUAUGAGACAUUGAAUUGUACUUAUCUAUAUUACAUUAAAUAUGAUGUUAUUAAAUA